CUCCUGCUCUUCAACGCUUGUGCCAGUGACUGUUAUUGGCAGCGGCCAACGCCGAGGCGUUGCGGAGAUGAAAAUUUCAUUUCUCUGAUGGGUUGGACUUGAGACCGCACGAAUAGAAUGUCGUCUUCUCGCCCCAGUGUGGUCAGCUUAUUUCUUGUUUUGGGUCUCCUCGCUUCGUUCGGGUCAUGUGUGGAGAAAGACGGAAGCAACCAGCUUCGGUUUGAGGACCGCUCACUCAGUGAUUUGUUCGCUUCGCCGCCGGUCAGGGAGACAUACACACACUCGCGCCACGCAGAUCCUACUGCCUCGUCGCUCCUUGUCUCCCUUAUGUUGCGUGCUCCUUCAGGUCAACCUGACCACUUUUGUGGGGCUUUUGCAGGACGCUGGAAUCGCCAAGAUGCUCGCAGAUGUGAAGGGCCCCGUGACGCUCUUUGCUCCGACGAACGAUGCUUUCUCUCAGCUGGGCAAUCUGGACUUCCUUCGCAAUCAGACAGAGGUCCUUCAAGUCGUUCUCACGAACCACAUCGUCAAGGGUGAAGUGGACAUCUCGGGGAAGAGACAAGUCUUCUCUGUCCCGACCAUGGGAGGCGAGGAGCUCACACUGAGCCGCGACAAGAAAGACAAGAGAAUAAAGGUAGAUGGUCGAUGGAGUGUAUCGGUCGACGAAGAGAGGCCGACAGUGCUGAGAGCCAAUCACGUGCUGUUGACUCCAAAGGGGUUCAACAUGCUCAUUGAGGUAUGUACAGACGUUUGCAAGUACCUGCAGCACCGCACCUUGUGAUGCUUGUUUCUAUGUUUAGGUCUCACAGACUUGUAUCGAAUCGUCCAGUGAGGAACUGCCCGCCAUCGACCCGAUUGCAAGUCCAAUUGCAGAUCCGAUUGCAGGCCCUCUAUUCCCGGACUCGGACCUGCCCGAUGAGCCUUCGGGGAGAAUCGGCGGUGUCAUCUUCACAAAUGUGGAGUACAAAGAGUGCCGCCCCCUUCAUCAUUUGAGCCACCGAAUCAUGGCUGUGCCCCUGAUAGGUAACGACACACACGCAGUCUGCAAGACGAUGCAUCAUGGUCGUGUCAUGGCUGCAGCGAGCGGGUUUGACAGAGCGCGUCAUGCCUUCAAGUGGAGACGCGCAUCGGCAGCGACAAUUCGACCUCAUUCGCCACCGAUACCUACCUCCGAGCGCUCUCGGCGCCUUCAUCUGUGACUGGUGGCAAAACAGAGAAGGCCGCCGCACACGGCCCUCAGCGGCGAUCGGUCACCUUCCAGGAGGACUUGCGAACCGAGCCGGUGAAGCCGCCGUCAUGCCAGCGUUCUUUAGGGGAGCCCCGCAAGAGCGGCCGAUGGCGGCAGUGGCUCGACAGCCGCGGCGCCAUGGUGGUUGUGAUUGUCACGUUCAUCCAUCCCACCGUGACCAAGAGCAUGCUGGCUCUCAUGCGCUGUCGAUGGUUAUCCCUAUGUGAACGAUGUCAUAUCUAUCGCGACAGGCGAGAGUGCCACUCUGCUAUCUGCCGACCCGACGGAUGAUAUGCGGCCCCGGAUGGACCUCGACUCACACAUCAUCU